AUGUCCUCCUUCGAUCAGUUCCCCUCCGGGGCGCAAGAGUUCCGCGCCACGGUGGACGAUGAUGGGCUCGACGCCGAUUCCAGCAUGGACGAAUAUCCAGAGGAAACAGACUAUUACGUCCUACUAGGACUUUCGCGGGACCCGCCUCCCAAAGACUCCGAGAUCCGAUCAGCCCACCGCAACCUGACCCUCAGCUUUCAUCCGGACAAACAGCCGCCGCAUCUCCGCCAUGCCGCGGAGAGUCAUUUCAUGCAUAUCCAGGAGGCAUAUGAGACCCUCAUUGAUCCAAAAAAGCGUGCCGUGUAUGAUAUAGCUGGCGCAGCGGGUGUAAGGCGGGAAUGGGGCAAGUCUGGGAUUAUGGGUCUUGGUGGAGAGGCGGAAAGACGAGAUGUUGGUGUCAAAACGAUGUCGCCAGAGCAGUUCCGUCGCUGGUUCUUGAAUAAAAUGAAGAAAAGGGAGCGGAAGGCGGUGGAGAGCUUGGUUGUCACCAGGGGCGGCCUCACAUUGGGAAUUGAUGCCUCGACCAUGGUCUCAGUUGAUGAAGAUGAAGAUGUGCAGUUUCAUAUACCCUCACCGAGAGUGAAUGCAUACGGAGUUUCGUACAACUUCAGCACGCCGGUGUUGUUGCCACGUGUUUGGAGCACAGCAGAGGAUGAAACAGAACAAUCGGACACGGAAAUCCGAUCGGGAGAAGACGCUGAAGAGGAGGAGCCGGAGGACAUGAUGGUCACGUUUAAUGCGGGUAUAAAUGGAGGCUUGGUCCGCCAAGUCAAAACAGUCCAAAUCGAGUACGAGGACGGGCAUGUAGAGGAAGGACCAUAUACAAUGCCACCGCUCUUGGCGGCCCGCAGCAUCCAACUUGGGGCAUCUGUUACCCCCAAUUUCAAGAAUCUGGUGGGCACCAAGGGAAUCUGGGCUAAACAUCCCUUCUCGCUUCUGGGAGACUCUGCGGUGACCUUCGAAGCUCUUCUUCUGCCUGCCCCGGCUUUGAAAGCAAGCAUUGCUCGGGCCUUCCAACCAAUCCCUGGUACCAAGCCGGUUCAGGUCAGUGUGACCAGUAUACACACGCGUUCUCUGGGGGAAACGCCACCCUCGUUCGAGGUCCAUAUCUCAAAAGAGAUUGCUAAAAGGAAGCUUGGAGUUCUGAAUUGGUCCAGUGGACAGAUUGACUGGCCCAAUUUCCUUUCUAACUUGUUCCCAUCACUCGGUAUGGGACUUCAGAGCGCUUUCUCGUCUGCCAACGAGUUUAGCAACCUGCAACUUGGGUUCAUCUCGCUCCCCGAGAAGGCGCAAGCUACAGUAGAUUUCGACGAGGAGGAGGAUGAAGAAAUGGAUGAGGACGUUCAGCAGCUUCUCAAGAAGAAACGCAACAUCGACCAGUCUGCGGAGCAAUGGCAGACCCUUCUGCAGGUUUCCCCCGCAGGUGGCGCACUUGUCUUCAAUUAUUCUCGUAAUCUCUUCUCCGGAACACCCGCUGAUGAUCCAGUGAGGACCGAAUGGAGCUCUGAGGGCUACUUCCCGAUGCCGGCAAUGGACCAGGCACGCGCUGUCCGGCUCGAGAUUGCAAGCAUGGUUCAAACGGACUUGUCUCUAAGCUGGACAAUCAAGGGCGUCCGUCGGGUAGGCGAGUACACUCGCGUUGGCCUCGGCAUCGGCAUCGCGGAAAAGGGUAUCAUGAUGACAGUUUCAUGGAGCCGCCUGGGACAAAGAGUUGAGCUUCCGAUCAACAUUUGCCCGGCUAGCGAAGCCACGUCCGGCGCUGCAGCGCUGACGGCUAUUUUCCCUUGGCUGGCCUACUGCGCGAUUGAAUUCGGCUAUAUCCGCCCACGCGAUAAGAAGAAGCGUCGACAGGCCGCUGCUCGCCGCCACCGCGAACUGAAGAAGCUGAUCCCGAAGAAACGCGAGGAAAGUCUUCAGGCCAUUGAGCUCAUGAGCGAUCAAGUCCAAAGGCGUCAAGCACGAGAGGAAGAACAAGAUGGUCUUGUCAUCCUCAAAGCUGAGUAUGGCUAUGUACCACCUACAAAGAAGAAAGCCAAGAAUGGGUUCACGGAGCCGUGUUUGAUUGAUGUCACUGUUCCUGUUGCUGCGCUAGUCAACCGGGGUCAGUUGGUGAUCUCUGGCAAAUCCAGAAAGUUCCAAAUUCUGGGAUUCCAUGACCCAGCACCAUUGCUGCCCAAACGGUUGAAGAUCUGGUACAAAUUCCAGGGACGUGAUCAUUUUGUCGAGACAGACGAGAAGGAAGAUAUCGUCUGCCCCCUGCAUGGACUACGUCGGGCUGGGUUCGAACUUGACUUCGGCCCCGAUGGGGGCGGUAUUGCGCGUGCAUACUUCACCCGAGGCGGCGGUUACUACAUCGACGUUGGAUGCAGCAAGCUCAUCAUCGACGGGAAAAUAAAGGUCAUCCAUAACCCUGGCGGCAUCAAUGGCUUCACUGAUCGUGAGCUGCUCUUGGCGAACGGCGACUCUCUGCCGGCGGAUGUCGUUGUCUUGGCUACUGGAUACGGUAGCAUGCGCACGACGGUCCGGAAAGUCUUAGGUGACAAGGCUGCAGAUAGGUGCUCUGAUGUCUGGGACUUGGAUGCAGAAGGAGAGCUUCAGGGGGCUGCCGAAGGAUCGCCUCAGGGUGCCCAACCUGUACACCGGCAUUUGGUUGGCCCGAAAUCAUGGCUUAUACCCCCCGCGCUCCCCUUGGAGCUCUGGGGCUUCAUUGAGUCACAUCUAUCCAAUGCCGACAUCAAAUCUUUGCGCCUGACAUGCAAGCAACUCAGCAAUAUAGUGUUUCUUCGGUUCAAUCGUGUUUUUUUAUCCGCCAACCCUCUCAACAUAGAGGUCUUCCGCAACAUUGCAUCACACGACAAGUACCGUUAUCAGGUCAACGAGAUUAUCUGGGAUGAGGCGCGGUUGCGUCGGGGUCCCCCACGACGAAAUCAAUUUGAUGAGCCACAUGCACAUGAAUUGCUCUCGGACGAGGAGAGAGACGAUAAUCCCCAUGAAUGGAGUGGGAUAUACCAUAAACACCCCAGUCGAUACACAAAGGAGAUGACAGAGCGCGGUGGGUAUGAAGAGGAACAUUCGUGUCCUAAAUGGUUCAGAAACGCUUGUGAGGAAAACCUUUUCGUUAUGGAAUGGCGGGAAGAUAACGAUGUGGACAGGCCUGACCAUAUCGCUCGCAGAGAACAGGUUCUGGCUCAGCCUUGGCUGGGGGUGCGCUGGCAAUAUUAUCAGCAGUUGCUGCGUCAACAGAAGGAUGUUCUUGCCAGUCAGAGUGAUUUGGAAGCGUUCGCGUUCGGCGUUAAACAGUUUCCUGCCCUCAAGAGAGUUACCAUCACACCUUCAGCCCACGGUCACCUCAUCAGCCCCCUUUACCAGACCCCUAUGAUUCGGGCUUUCCCGAAAGGUUUCAAUUACCCCAUUCCUCGUGGUUGGCUGUACGCUAGAACCGUGAGGUGGCCCGCUGCAGCAUAUUCGUGGAAUCAAUAUCCAGAGCUUAGAGAUCGGUACCGCGGGUUCCGCACAGCAAUGCGUGUCCUCGCCAAUGAACCCAACUCUGUUUCUGAGCUGGUGAUGACUUCUAACGGUAUCCUCACGGGGAUCAACUGCAGAAUCUUCGACGAGCCCUGCGAAGAGUACGACCAUCUCGCUACCGUGCUUAAGAAGCCGGGCUUCCGCCGUCUGGAUAUUGCCUUGCUUGCCGGUGGUCUCCAUGAUGAAGACCUCGAAGCAUGCUGGCGAUCCCUGCUUGGUGGGCGUCUGCGCCGGGCACUUGGUGAAGCAAAAGACAUGGAAGAGUUCAGGCUGCAUACCCCAUUUGAUGAAUUUCUCAACGAUAACAACGGAUAUCCUCUGCUCCCAUUACGGGACAUAGGUCCCGUGGAACAAUGGUCGAAACUGCGCCAUUUCGAACUCUCCGGCUUUGUUAUCUCACAGGAGGAUUGUGUCUCUUUCCUCAAGACGCUACCAAAAUCCGUUCGCUCCAUUGAACUUAGUAUGCUGCACUUCCGUUUUGACGAUGAAGACUGGUUUAGCAUGCUGGAAGAAAUCAAGGGAAUGGUAUCGGAGGGCACGCUAUGGGGAGACCGGGACGCUGGAUCAAGACCCAAAAUUACCAUCGGCGUGGCAGAACACCCACUCGUGGACAUGAGCCCUUGUACAUAUGGAUACGGUGUAUGGAUUGAGAAGGAGGUAGAGGAUUUCAUCUACGGUGAAGGGGAAAAUCCCUUUAGGGAGCAUCGUCCCUGGGAAAUCCAACUUGGAGUUGGUGUGCUGAGGAAUACAUUGGACCCCGGUUUUGAACUUCCACACGACCGAUUCUUAACUGUUGUCUGGUGA